AUGCCGAGGCGUAUCAUUUACAACAGUCCUGCGAGCUCACGGAGUGUGCCAACGCAGUCGAAGCACAAGUCUGUGAAGAAGAGACGUGUUCCGUGGGGGCGAAUUGAUGCCGAAACCGGUAUCGAAACCGUCCCUUGCAGCUCCGAGUCUCGCGCCAAGGAGUAG